AUGUGAGGUCAGCCCUUGUUCUCGUGUGAUGGUGACCUUGUUCUAAAGAUGUGUUACGUGGUUGUGUUGGGCUAAGGAUGAAACUGUUCUAUUCACAAAUUUGUGGUGAUGUCUUGUGAUAUAUUAUACAGAGCUUAUGUUAUCUUGAGUGUAAACAACUUUUCAGUUGUACAGUGAAUGUGGAUAAUACAACAAGAGUGAAUACAAAUUUGGAACGUUCCGGAAUAAGACAAUCUAAGAAUUGAUUUCUAAUGAGCUGCUGAAGGACUUAGGUCUGGAAUCUGCGUUAUUGUUGUGCCGAGUCUUAUCACGUGAUUAGACACGUGAUUCAACAGCUGAUGUAACAGGUCAUGACCCUACAGCACUGCUGAAGAUUGUUACAGUUUGAUACAAGAUCAUCUAAUGGAGACCGCAUGAAACAAUAAACAAUUCUUCGUAGCCAUGGCAACGGAUUGUCACUCCCUCACAGACACCGGCCUGCGGUUGUCUAGCACUAACGUCACAUCCGGUUCCAGGGUCAACGUGAGCUGUGACGAGUUCGGCCACCGCCCAUCCAACGGCAUCUACUCCCUCACGUGCCUGAGCACCGGAAACUGGAGCCACGCCAUCCCCCGCUGUGAAUGGUCCUGGGAUCUAAACACGGAGGAGAAGAUCAUCUUCGGCACUUCAAUCGCCGCCGUGUCUUUCAUCAUCGUUGUUGUCGUUGCUAUUUUCAUCGCCUACUUCUGCUGCUACAGGAAGAGGCGGGAAAACGAUGAGAGACUCUAUGACUCCAGCUAUAACGGCUCCAGUCCUAGAACCGGAUGUGACGGCCCGUAUGAAAGAGAAUCCUACCCCGUGACGUACCUGGCCUACCAAGACAAUCAAGACGGGAAGUACGACGGGUUCGCUAGUACAGGCACCAUUGAUAAGCCUUGGCUGGGCUACAUCCCCAGACCCAAGGUCUCAGAGGGCAGGCUCUACCAUUGAUGGAAUACCAGCACGAUGGGGCAGAUGAUAGGGGCGGAGACUUGUGUUAAAAUAUGUAUAUAUCCACCCACAUACAGACCCACCGAAUAACUGACCCACCUAAUGACAUACAUAUUGACUCACGAAUAAACUGACCCACCCACCUACUGACCCACGCAAUAACUGACCCACCCAGCAGUUGACCCUGCCACCGAAUGACCCACCCACCGAAUGACCCACCCACCCACCGAAUCACCCACCCACCAAAUGACC